UGGGGGCGGGGCCGAAAUCUCGGACCGCCAUCCCCUCCCCCUCCCCCUGCCCUCCCCCUCCCGUUGGUGCCCUAGGGGCCGCCCGCCGCCCGCCCGCCGCCUCCCGCGCAGAAUGGGGUACUACAGACUAUCCCAGAUGUACCGCAGCAUUCAGCACCAGUUGAGGAGAGGAGUCAGACACCAGGCCCUUCAGCAUAUCUGCCUCCAAAACAGACUGAUAGCAGCUCGAUGGCAGCACACAGUCCUGGGGCCUUUGAACCGCACCUGGCAGCAGCAUGAGGAUCAUUUGGAACUAUGCUAUGCUGGCACGGUGAUGAGAUUUGAUUAUGUUUGGCUCAGAGACCACUGCCGCUCAGCAUCUUGCUACAACUCCAAGACCAAUCAACGCAGCUUGGAUACUGCCAGUGUGGACUUGGGAAUUAAGCCUCAGACCAUCCGUAUGAAUGAGACCAUGCUCUUUCUCACAUGGCCAGAUGGUCAUGUGACCAGGUACAGUUUGGAGUGGCUGCUGAAGAAUAGCUACGAAGGGCAGAAGCAGACUGUCCAGCCUAGAAUUUUGUGGAAUUCAGAGAUCUACCGGCAGGCCCAGGUACAGCCUGUAGACUUCCAGAGCUUUUUGGAGACCAAGGAUGGCCUGAAGGAGUUUCUGCAAAACUUCCUGCUCUAUGGAAUUGCAUUUGUAGAGAAUGUCCCUCCAACUCGAGAGGAUACAGAAAAGUUGGCGGGCAGAAUCAGUUUGAUCAGAGAAACCAUCUAUGGUAGGGUGUGGAAUUUUACUUCUGAUUUCUCCAGAGGAGACACGGCCUACACCAAGCUAGCCCUGGAUCGCCACACUGACACCACCUAUUUCCAAGAGCCCUGUGGCAUUCAGGUAUUUCACUGUCUCAAACAUGAAGGGACUGGUGGUAGGACCCUGCUUGUUGAUGGAUUCUAUGCAGCAGAAAAGGUCCUUCAGAGAGCUCCUGCAGACUUUGAUGUCCUCAGCAAGGUGCCAUUGAAACAUGAGUAUAUUGAAAAUGUGGGAGAAUGCCACAACCACAUGAUUGGGGUUGGUCCGGUCCUGAAUAUCUACCCAUGGAACAAAGAGCUCUACUUGAUCAGGUACAACAAUUAUGACCGUGCUGUCAUCAACACUGUGCCUUAUGAUGUCGUUCACCGUUGGUACGCAGCACACAGGACACUCACCACAGAGCUGAGGAGGCCAGAGAAUGAGUUAUGGAUCAAACUGAAGCCAGGCAAGGCCCUAUUUAUAGACAACUGGCGUGUUCUACAUGGCCGGGAAUCAUUCACUGGCUAUCGCCAUCUGUGUGGCUGUUACUUAACAAGAGAUGAUGUGUUAAACACAGCCCGCUUCCUAGGACUUCAAGCUUAAAACUCCAGCCGUGGAAAUGAAGCACACUGGCUCCCAGAAAGCAUUGCAUAUCCUGAAGAGCAGGAAAUCUCUCAGUCACUGAUCGGCCUCCUAGGGCACCCCAGAACAUUUAAGCUCUCUCUUGUUACUGCCAUGGGGGCACACAUAAGAGAGGGUCUACUAGGCUCCAAAGUCCCCCAUCGGAUAGCAAAGCACUUCCCAUCUCUUCUACAGAGCA